CAGAGAAGAGAUUGAGACGGUGACGUGCUACUGAAUUUCUAUGUUUCAUUAGGAACCCAAGUGACAAAUAAUAAUAAUAAAUAGCAUUCUGCGUACUUGCUGAGUCGCUGGUUCACUUUUUUCUCUUCCUGAUUCCCGUAAUCAUUAUCAAACUCACACUGCUCUACACACACCCUGUAACAACGUACCUACCUACCUACCUAUAAACCUACAGGGUAGACGAAAACCUAUCAAUGGCUAGUUGUUAUAGAAUGAUACAGCUAUGAAAUAAUCCUUAAUAAGAUGCUUGUUGGGAAUAUUCGCAAUAAUUUUGUAAAUAAAUUCCAAUAACAUUUGUCGAACUAAGCCACCUUGUACUCAAAUUACACUACUGAGUAUAUAAAAGCCAUAUAAGUCGUGUUUAAUAACCAAUAAAUAUGACUAGUCAGCAUUUUUUAAAAUCACUAAGAAAGGAAAAAGCUCAUUAGUUGACUUUCAGUCUGUAAUACUUACGUACGAAUGUUUCAAUCACGGAAACAAAAUAAACGUUAUCAAAAAUUAAAAUCUACAUUCUAUCCAAGGGCCAAUUAUCCAGAAGAACUGUUUCCAAGUCUUCAAGUGGUCGUUUCAAAUAUCCUUCUGAAUCAUAUGGUAUCUUGUAAAGCUAGAAAGAUGGAUUAUUGUUCUGCCUAUGUUGGGAUAAGUUAUUGUGACCAGAUUAGACUGUUAUUUAAUCGAAUGACUAAUAAUAAAUAAGCGAAAAUGUAAUUGUACACAAAACAUAACCCCUGGUGUAGACCAAGA